CGACUCGUUUCUUUGAUUUGUUAUGUGAGGAAAGAGAAAAGAGUUUGUCUUAACCGCUGCAGCGCGCACGCGCACGUGUCCGCGCCGGAAGGGCGGCUCGUGAACGCGCGCUGGUGCUGAUGAGAGUCGCUUCGCUUCGUCUCCGCCGCGCUCCCGAGUGAACCACGAUAAGAAGGUCAUCCAGGUCUUAAGAGGAGUCAGUGACAUGAGUGUGUGUCUUCCACAGGCGUCUGAUGGGCGUCACGCUGCUGUGUCUGCUGUGUCUGGAGUCUCUGGCCGUCAGCAGUGUGGGCCCCAGUAACUCGUCCAGCAGCUUCUGCAGCGAGUCCAGAGAAUGUCUUCAGUUCGAUCUGGUCUGCCGGACGGACCAAUACGAGGUUCGUCAUUAUUUGGCCACGCGGUGGGUCUCUACAGAUGCUGAGGCCUAUUUUCUGGGCGUCGGAGCCGCGAUGGCCUUCAGACGCCUCUAUCACUAUAUAUCUGGAGCCAAUGAAGAGGGUGUGAGGUUUGAGAUGACGGCUCCGGUGCUCGUUGAAGUCCCAGAGGAAGUGAAGAUGUGGGAACCAGCCAUUUACACGCUCAGCUUCCUGCUGCCAUCAGCCUAUCAGGAGCGUCCGCCCACUCCCACCAACGACAAGCUGUAUUUCUCUGACAUGCCGGACAUGGAUGUGUAUGUGAGGAGUUACGGCGGCUGGAUGCUGUCAAUCACCUCCCGAGUCCACGCCCACCUGCUGAGCAGAGCACUGCUGAGAGCCCACGCCCACUUUAACCACACCCACCACUACGCUCUGGGCUACGACAGUCCUCUGAAGCUGUUGAACAGACACAAUGAGGUGUGGUACGUGGUUGAAGGAGAUCCGGUCUGCGGCCAGGAACACACACCGCUCCCGACUGGCACACACUGACGGGUAACACACACACACACACACACUCAACCCAGCC